GUAAUUUUUUAUUCUGUUUUUUUUGUAUUUUCCAGCUUUCUCUUCCGUUGUCGUUCUUUAUCGGUUCAUCAUAGUUUGAUGGUGCAGUACCUAUUACCAAAGCUUUUAUACGUUUGUUUAUAUGGCGUACUUGGUUCAGCCAUACCCUAUUUAUCCAUCUUUUAUGCAGAAAAGUUACACUUACAAUCACAGCAAAUAGGUAUUAUCCUCGCUAUCGCACCCUUUGUUCAAAGUCUAGCAUGCCCCUUCUGGACAAUGCAGGUAGAUAAAAGACCCCACCGACACGGAGCCUUUAUGGCAGCUUUGAUGCUGAUCGGUGGUUUGAGUAUUGUUGCUAUGAUGUUUAUACCCAUUCUUUUCGGCGGUGGUGAUGGAGGUAGGCCUUCUUCUAUCUUGGCUAUUACCAUAUCACUUGCUAUUUCGUUUGCUUUCUUUGGUCAACCCGUCACUGUGUUAGUGGACAGUGCCGUGCUUAAAAUUUUAGGCGACAAUGCAAUUUAUUACGGUGAUCAGCGCUUAUGGGGCUCAGUUUCAAAUGGCGUGAACAUACUGGUUGUUGGAUACGUCAUUGGGCAGCUUGGAAUCAACUAUGCUUUCUAUAUAUUUGCUAUUAGCGUGACAUGCUUCAUCAUUACUGCACUAUGCACCACUGUUACAACGAGCGAUGGAAGCAAUGUAACGAACGCCGAUACUGAACGGGAACCACUUUUAAAUGCUGCCCACAAUAACAACAAUAAGCAAAUGAGAGGAUACUAUGCGGCCGAUCCCACUGUGGACAACUUUAUUAACGAAAUUGAGCGCAUGAACAGUACUGCAAGUAGUCGUGCAAAUACGAUCCUUGUUGAAGGAGACCAGAAUUUGUUGGCUUUGCAAAGAACAACCACAUCCAUCGCCGUCAGAGAUGUUCAGGAUGAGGCAAGCUUAGUCAUGGAGCAUAUGGACAGUUUACCACCACUGGGUCUUGCAUUGUCGCAAAUCCCUACGGUUGAUUCUUCGUUGGCAGCUUUUGCAACUGUUGUAGAAGCGACGACAGAGGAGGAAUUAGCAGUGAAAACGUUAGGCAGCACUAUUUUUGGAUCAGUGCAAGUGUGGACGUUUCUCAUCACAGCCUUAUGCUUUGGUCUGCUCUAUUCAAUGGUUGCACAAUUUUUAUUCUUGUUCUUCAAACAGGAUCUUGGUUUAAAUGCGUCAGUGAUGGGUUGGACAGGACCUUUAGGGGGUGUGACAGAAGUUGCUACAUUCUAUUUCUCCCGAGCUUUAUUGAAGAAAUUUGAUGUUAGCACUCUUCUUACGUGCUCGCAUUUAACCAUUGUCGUAAGAAACCUGGCAUACAAAGCAUUGGUACCAAAUGAGUCAGCAACACUAUGGUUCGCUCUAGCUCUUCAACUCCUUAGCGGUUUUGCAUUUGCAUUGACCUGGUCGACUUGUGUAUCAGAAGUCGACCAAAUGUUCCCCGAUCAUCAACGUGCCAUUGCGCAAGGCGUACUUGCAGCUUUAUUUUCAGGUCUGGGCUAUGGUUUCGGCAGUAUUUUAGGCGGUUACGUCUUUGAUAACUAUGGUGCUCAAUCCCUUUUCGAUGCCUCCAUCACUAUCUCUCUUGUUAGUUUGGUCAUCUUUUGGCUUGGUCGAAUCAAGAGAGUAUCUUCUUAAGCUGUUGCGUAAGGGUCUCUUCAGGACUUUUAGAUAGAAUGAAAGUCCAAUUGUAGUAAUGUAUAUAAUCUCUGUAUAUGAUAAAUUGUUCAGCCUUCUUUAAUAGAAAGUUCUUUUGUGUGUUUAUUAAACGGUAUACAACGUUAAACCAACACUAUGGUCAAAAACCUUUUUUUAUACCAAUCUUGGGAAUCUUUUAAGCUUUACAGGAUCGAACGGCGAUUACUAAAUUCACACAGUGGUGGGGACACAGAGUAUAUUUUUUUUUUGGUGGUUGUCAUAACUUCAUUGUUUGAUUUGAGAGGUUACAAUAAACAAAAAUGAAUAAAGAAUAUAAAGAAACGAAAAGUCUUAUAACGGUAAUGUUGUAUUUUAUAGACUUGUGUUUGUUUAUUUGUUUGUUUUCC